GCUUUUACUCCGUGGUUUGUAAACAGCAGAUCCUGUUACUCCGCAAGACAAUAGAAUAGGAAAUUCACUUUAUACCGGGCAAUUUCGUAUGAAGUCGACUACAAAUCAAAAGCAUUUUCCCCUCAGAAAUGGGUGUCACCACCUUGUUGUGUUGCUGGCUUUUAUUGUCAAGUGGAGGAGGGGAAGAAAGCUUGGUCUGUGUCACUGUUUGUCUGGAGUCACGAUAAAGAAGUGUUUCGAGAAAUGAUAAGGUGUGAAGGAAACUGAUUUGUUUCCCGUGUUUCUUCUCUCCCUUUCCCCCCUGAACUCCUCCAUAUACCACACUGUUUUCAGUCAUAUGCAAAAUAAUAUACAUUAUAAAUUUGUAGCCCCAUGGAGAUGGGGUAGAACUGUGAUCUGGCAAUAUGUUGUGCUCUCCCUAGACAAGCCAGCCAUUUUCUCUAUGUCCAGUGCGACUCUGGGUCAGCAUUUCUGUUGGUGUGCUCUCAAGUGUCCUUGCUGUGCUCCUUGCACCAUUGCUUAUCUGCAAAAAGGAUGCUACUUGUAGACACAAGCAAGAGGAGGGAAGAUUUAUUGUGGUGUCCUGAGGGUCACAAAAUCAAACCAAAGUCAUCCAAAUAUAGGUUGUUUGGGAAGUGUCUCUAUUUUUGGACUUUAUACUGCUUGGACCUAGGCAACUGUUUUGGAUUGGGCACAAGAAGCACUUACUGUGUUCAGCACUAAUGAAAAGCUGCAAUCCUGACACAUCCGAGAGAGCACUUCACAUCCAACACAGCUAAAAUGCAGUUUUUACAGGAUCUAAUCUGGCUGUCCCCUCACAGCAUGUUAUGUAACACUGAACUGGUAGAUCAUUCCAUCUAUAAAAUACUAUUUUUGCCUUACUGUUGUAUUGUUAGAAAAUGCACAGCUUUUGAACACAAUUUAAUAGACACUGUAAUUAAAUGCACACUCGUUAAGUAUCUUACUGUGUGUUUAACAAAAAUCAUCAGCAAGUCUCUAGAAUGCUUUUGUUUGGAGAGUAAUACACUAAAAGAUCUCACUAAAAGAUCUUGUACCUGCCUGUCCAGUGGUGCUGCAGUUGUAUCACAAGUCUGGACUCCUGUGUUCUUACUGAAUUAUCAGGUUUCAAGCUGUAAGCUUCAGAGUACUACUGCAUUGCUUUCCAAGUUACUGCUUUUAAAACAAUUCUAAGUUUACUGGAUGGGCAAAAAAGGAAAACAGUAUCCUCCCUGAAAGAGUGUUGUCUAUUCCAAAUGCAUAACAUGGCCAAGACACAGUUCUAGGAUGUGCGUUAUGUGCCGAAGCCAUGAAAGGCUGGUGAGCCAAAGGCUGUGUGGAAAUUGGCAAAAAGAAAAAGAAAAAAAGGCUUCUAGUUUAAAGUUUUCAUGGAAAAACAUAAGUAUAUUCUAGAGGGCAAACCUCUUCUUCAACCAUGGUACCAUUCUCUAACUCUUUUGAAAGCAGACCGGGCAUGUAUGUAAUGAAUCACAGAAUGUACUGAGCUGGGAGGGACCCACAAGGAUCAUUGAAUCCAACACCUGACCCUUCACAGGACUGUCCCCAAGAGCCACAUCAUGUGCCUGAGAGUAUUGAGUCCAACUUCUGUCUGUUUUAGAAGGAUUUGGGGGUCAGGGGAGUAAAAGUUUUGAGGAUUUUUAAUAGUAAUCCAUACCUACCUACCCAAAGUAGCUUUUUAGGUUUUAGAGCAUCAGGACUGAUGGUUCAGUGGAAAUGGUAGAAGUAUCAGUGCAUUUCAGGCCUUACUAGAACACUUGUUCAUAUUAUCUUCCUGAAUUAAAUUAGUGUUGGCUUUGAUUUUAUCUGCCUUGGGCUCAGGGGCAUAGAGGCUCAUAAUUUAUAGCUUUUCCCCUCCCAAGCCAUAUCAAAUACUCAGGUUCUAUAUAGACAGGAUAUACUAGGCAUACCUCUGUCAAGAUGUUCAGUCUGGUCUAUUUAAUAUCUUCUGUGGUGAGCCAGUUGCAAAAACAAAUAUUUAUGAAAACUUUGAGUAUUAAAUUAGAAAGUCACACGUACUGCUAAGUUCUAAGAGAAUAAAUUUCUUCAAAGUUUUUAAUUUCCAGCAUUCCAGCUGGUAGAUUUUCUCUGAUACUCCUUUCCAGAUACAUUUGUUAGAAGAAUGGCUUUCUUUUUGGCAGGGGAGAAAAUUGGUAGUGAUUUAGUAUGUGAGAGGGGAUAACAAAUGAUGUAAAAUACUGUGUCUUCCCUGUCAUUUCACACUGACCUUUUUAAACUGGAUUUGCCAUCACACUCACAAGAUGGUAAUUGAUACUUUUAUGUUAAAACUUAGUACAGAGGUGAAUGGUUCACUUACUUUCCAUUAGGAAGGAAUUGGAGACAGGCAAUGCAUAUGUUACAACCCAGAUGAAUUCCUGCAAUGUCCUUUGGCCCUGUUGUGCCUGCACUUAAGAUACACUGCAUUAAAUUUCCAGGCAGUUGACACAGUUAUUCUAUGCACUGGUAGAAAGUACAGAUACAGCUUCUGAUUAGGAAUUUGAAGCAACGAGGCAAGGAUUUACUAAAAAAGAAUGAAAGAUCUUGAUAUGCAAGAUUAAUAUCAUGUCCCCAGUUUAAAGAGCUUUCAUCUAUCUCAAGCUGUGAAUUUUCGUGAAGUAAAAGCAUUGUCAGUGACCUAAUAAGAAAUAAAGUGAAAUAAAAAUGAGCAUCAUGAGGCAUCAGUUAGAAAGGAAUGUAUUUUAGUGGGAUGAUCUGUUAAUCUGUGGAAUAAUUGUGAUAUUUCUUUUGAAGGCAGAAUGCUUUGCUGCUUUUCCUUCUCUACCUUGAGAGCUAUGAAAAACUUCCAUCGACCUACUGCUCACUCUCUGUGGCUGAACCUGUAUAAUUUGGCUGGUCUUUGCUCUGUUGUUUGGGCUGAAAAAUAAUUUUAGAGCAGCUAGAUUCUCUGUCACUGGAUCUCCUUAAGCCUGUCAAAACAACAUGGAAAUUACUGUUGAUUAUUGACAAACAUGCUCCUGAUUUCUGUCUUGAAACUCGAAUAACCAGCUGAAACCCCAAACCAAGCAAACUGAAGAACUAACCCAUGUACUGCCAGGGGCUCUGAAGUAUCUUUACACUGGGGAACUCCCAGAUGGGGAGGUUGUGCCUGUUGGUGCCCAGAAACCACUGAAUUGUGAGAGGUUGUGUUCACUUUAGAUCACUGAUACUACCAGGACCCUUGCAGGGAUUUAGAAAUAAGGAGUGCUGCUUGCAUAUACCUAAAUUACCUAAGCUGAGGCAGUCCUCAUGCUGUGAUCCCACAUACUGCAGUUAAAGGAGAGACUUGUGCUUCUGGGUUGCUGUGAGAAAUAAUGCAUCCGAGUAGCAGCAAGGAACAAGGUUUUGUGGUUUUCUGUUUCUUCUUUUGCCUUCAUUAUUUCAAAGCAGCAGCAUUCCUCAAAACAGAGCUGGUCAUGUUGCCUUUAUAUAUCUGGUAAUGUUUGUCAGAUAUCACCUUUUUGUUUUGUUUGUAACUAAUCUCUAAACAGUUGUGACAAUCAGGGAAUUAACAUUUGCUUUUUUGUAUGAGGGACAAAGAUACAUUACUGUCAAAUUUGUUAUCUGAUGACCUCCAGGAACUGUGUGUUAUCUUUUGAGCAGAGCAGCCUUUUAUUUCAUAUCCUGUUCCCUUGUCACAUCUGCAAGAUCAGUGCUCUGGUUGUGUCCUGCUUCCCAUUAUAUUCUGACUGAAUUUGCCAAUGUCAGUGUAGAACUUUUGAUUGUCUUCUUGCCUGUAGCUUUGACACCAGCUUCCCUGGAUGUCUUCUUGCCUGGGUAUCUUGUCCUUGCUCUGGAAAGGCCCUGGUGACAGGAGAUGAGGAGUUGUGCCUCUGCCUGUUUCCCUGUCAUCAGCUAGCAGGAGGAGAGGAGUGCUUUUUGUGAAACAGAUAAUUAAGAAUCAAAACCAGUACCCACCAAAAUUUGCUGCAGCCACAAACGCUGAGCAGCUCUGCUGCUGUGUCUGUUUCCUCUUGAUAAGCAGUUAAACCGCUCUGCUGGAGCCACGAGCUGGGCAUGCUGCUUCUGUCCUCCAGGCCACCUGGUUUGUCCCUUCUCUCUUGUUAGCAGUCGUAAGACAUACCCAGCAGGGUGAUGUUUUGCCUCCUUCCUUUGCUGUGGUGACUGCCACUGCCAGUGUCUAGAAGGUCCUCUGGGGAGCCCUUGCUCUGUCGUUUGCUGGCUCCAACAGUCGCUUGAGGCGGUUCCUGUCCCUUCUUCACUCUGAGCUUGCUUCCCCCAGUGUUUACACGUGGGUGAGUCUGCCAAACGCACGCUUCUCACACCCCAGAGCUCUUGUAGAGAGAAAAUGGGCUUCUCUCUUUUAUUUCCUUUCAGUUUUGACCAGCUGGUACUAUGAUUUAUCACUAAAAUUAAUAGUAGGAUCAGUUUGAGAGUAGGAAUUUCUGAUCUCCCACAUUGUUGAUGAGGAGAAGGGGAAGGUGUGUAGAGGGAAGGAAUAACAAGCAGGUGGUACAUCUGGGGAGACAGGCUGAGUGCUUCUAAUACACAAGGCAAAACAGACAUGGGGCUCUGAGUUCUGAGGUGCUAACAACAGCCAAAUGACUGGAUUAUUUAAAGUACUUUAUUUUCUGAUUCACAUGGUUAUCAGGUUAUCCUGAACAAUGUUUCAGUGUUUCUACACUGGUUGUGAGCAUUCCCCCUCCUCUGUCUUACAAAUGGCUGUAAUGUAUUGUUGGGAUCCCAUUUGUCUGUGUGACCGAUUUCCAGGAAAGAGUUGAAUGUGCCUGUAGCUGGUGGUGAUGCCAUGAGUGAUGUCUCCUGGCCCAGAGCUGCUCACUCUGGCUGGGGGAGGCGCCAUGGCAAGGGAAAGUGCUGAAUAAUUUAGCAGUUGCAGCUGCAUGCAGCAGUUCUCUCAAAUGUCACAUGCUUUGUUGUUUUCUUGUUAAUUUUUUUUAUGGCUGUACAUUUACAGUGUUUGGUUUUUGGAAAAAGCCUUCUGGUGCCUGCAUUAUGGGAACUGUGGCCUACUGCUCAAAUUCCCAGCAGAAUGGGAAUGGAAGCAUCUUGUGGGUGCUGGGGUCUAGGCUGCACUCAGAAGCAGCACCAGCGUUUCACAGCUCAAAGCUCAUACCAAAAGCAGUUCUGGUUUGGAAAAAAAUGUAAUGCUGCAGUGGUUGCAGGUGGUGUGAGGCUAAUUUGGCUUGGGGGCAUUGUGUGGGCUUUGGUUUGCCCUUCCUUCCUCCCACCCCUACUCCUUGCAAAAUGUUCAGGUGCAGAUUUGAGGAUCAGUGAAAAGCUGAUGAGGUAAAGAGAAUGAGAAGGCUCUUGUAUUUUGUGAUGGUGAUGUUUCACAAGGAGGGGCAAAAAAGGACAGACUUCAAAAGAGUUGGCCUUGUGUUACUGUUCUCUCAUGCAAAUCUCCAGAGAUGAUUUUUGAAUAAGAGAUGGAUUUAAAUUCAAACAGUGUAGAGCAGGAGAACUGGCCAGACUGGGAGAGGGUUUUUAUGCCAGAAUUUGUCCUAUGAUUCUAUAGUGAGUGGUGUCCUGCACAGUGAUCCUGCCCAGGAAGGAUCACGAGAGAGAUGUUUCACACAGUAAUGGAGGGGAGGAGAAUAAGGUCUUUAACCUAAAUUGGAGCGUGUGAAAUGUCCUGUGGCUGAGGCUAAAAUCUGUCAUCUCUUUCCUAUUAGGAAGUAGAGUACUAUAAAAGGGUGUGCUUUUCCUGCAUUAGGUUAUUGUUGACGGUUUUCCCCAAGAGUAUAAUGGAAUAAAAUGGAUAACAGUAUUUGCAUACCGUUCUUCCUCUCAUGCUUAUCUUUUGUUGCUCAUUCAAGCCCUGGUCUUGAUUUUUCUUCAUGGCUUUCAGGUACUACUGGUGGGUGCAGCUGUGGCUCUGUGGGGCAGGUGCUGCUGGAACCUCUCCUUUGCCUUUGCUGCUGCCUGCAAGUUCCUGUUAGGAUCGUGUGUUUGUGUUAGCACACUCGGCACGUUCUUUUUGUGCCCGCACUGCAUGUUUGUGGGAGCAUCCUGCGGGUACCUGGAUUGGACUUGGCAGACUGUUCCAAGCAGAUUCUGCUCCCCAAGGCAGCGAUCACGGCUGAUGGGAUAACUGACCACUGGAUCAAUGAACAGGAAUUCCUUGAGAUGACAUAGGGAGGGGCAGAGAGGACAAUGGUGCAGAAAAAGAAAAUCUGCUCUCGCUUACUUGACUAUCUUGUGAUCAUUGGAGCCAGGCACCCAAGCAGCGACAGUGUUGCUCAGACUCCUGAGCUGCUGCGGCGUUACCCUCUGGAAGACCACGCAGACUUUCCUCUCCCACCCGACGUUGUGUUCUUCUGCCAGCCAGAAGGAUGCCUGAGCGUGCGGCAAAAGCGCAUGAGCUUCCGUGAUGACACUUCCUUCGUGUUCACCCUCACGGACAAGGACACGGGGGUCACUCGCUAUGGAAUCUGCGUCAACUUCUACCGCUCCUUCCAGAAGCGAGUACCCAAGGAGAAGGGAGAAGGCGCGGGGGGACAUCGAGCUCGAGAGGGACAGAAGAUCCCUAAAUCUGGGGAUGCAUCAGCAGCCCAGGAGGAGGUGGGCACUGAGAGUUCAGAGAGCGGUUCUUCACUGCAGGCUCCCAGUGCAGAGUCUACCCCUGACGUGAAUCGAUCCCCACGCAGCAAGCGCCUGGCCAAAGGGAGCCAUCGCUCUCGGAACAGCACUCUGACUUCUCUGUGCAUCCUUAGUCAUUAUCCCUUCUUUUCCACCUUCCGUGAGUGUCUGUACACCCUCAAGAGACUUGUGGACUGCUGUAGUGAGAGACUGUUGGGCAAGAAGUUGGGGAUUCCGCGUGGGGUGCAGAGGGACACGAUGUGGCGGAUUUUCACAGGCUCCCUCCUGGUGGAAGAGAAGUCUAGCGCCCUGCUUCACGACUUGCGGGAGAUUGAGGCUUGGAUAUACCGGCUGCUCCGCUCCCCGAUGCCCGUUGCUGGGCAGAAGCGGGUGGACGUGGAAGUCUUGCCACACGAGCUGCAGCCAGCUUUGACCUUUGCUCUUCCUGAUCCAUCCCGCUUCACUUUGGUGGAUUUUCCAUUACAUCUGCCUUUGGAGUUAUUGGGAGUGGAUGCCUGCCUGCAGGUGCUGACCUGCAUCCUUCUGGAGCACAAGGUUGUAUUGCAGUCCCGAGAUUAUAAUGCACUUUCAAUGUCUGUGAUGGCUUUUGUGGCCAUGAUCUACCCACUGGAGUACAUGUUCCCAGUGAUCCCUCUGCUUCCCACCUGCAUGGCCUCUGCAGAACAGUUGCUUCUAGCCCCUACACCUUAUAUCAUUGGUGUUCCAGCAAGUUUCUUCCUUUACAAACUGGAUUUUAAAAUGCCUGAUGAUGUAUGGCUUAUUGACCUGGAUACCAACAGGGUGAUUGUUCCCACAAAUGCAGAAUCUUUGCCAGCACUGCCAGAACCAGAAGCUUCAGAGCUGAAAAAGCAUCUGAAACAGUAUCUAAAGUGUCUGGUUAGCAUGACUGCAAUCACUCAGAAACAGCUGCUCACUCCUGACAACAAGGCCCUGGCCAGCAUGAGCCUGAAUACUCAGCCCAUUCUUAAUCUAGAGAAGUUUCAUGAGGGGCAAGAGGUGCCUCUGCUGCUGGGAAGACCACAGAAUGAUUUGCAGUCUACUCCCUCCACAGAAUUCAACCCUUUGAUCUACGGAAAUGAUGUGGACUCUGUUGAUGUGGCUACCAGGGUUGCUAUGGUGAGAUUCUUCAACUCACCAAAUGUUUUGCAAGGUUUCCAAAUGCAUACUCGCACUCUUCGCCUCUUCCCACGACCAGUGGUAGCCUUCCAGGCAAAUUCUUUUCUUGCCUCUCGGCCGAAGCAAACACCUUUUGCAGAUAAGCUUUCCAGAACACAGGCAGUAGAAUACUUUGGAGAAUGGUCACUCAACCCUACUAAUUAUGCUUUCCAAAGAAUUCAUAACAACAUGUUUGACCCAGCCCUAAUUGGUGACAAACCCAAGUGGUAUGCUCAUCAGCUGCAGCCCAUUCACUAUCGAGUCUAUGACAGCAAUUCACAGCUGGCUGAAGCCCUGAAUGUCCCAGCAGAGAAGGAAACAGAUUCUGAUCCCACUGAUGACAGCAGUGGCAGUGACAGCGUCGACUACGAUGAUUCAAGUUCCUCUUACUCCUCCCUUGGUGACUUUGUCAGUGAGAUGAUGAAAUGUGACAUUAAUGGUGAUACCCCAAAUGUUGACCCCCUGACUCAUGCAGCCCUUGGUGAUGCUAGUGAAGUGGAAUUUGAUGAUUUUCAAGAAUAUUCAGGGGAUCCUGAUGAACAGACCAUGGACAGUGAGAACUCCCAAGAGAAUAACCAGCCUCGUUCAAGUUCCAGUACUACAGCCAGUAGCAGCCCCAGCACUGUCAUCCAUGGAGUGAAUCAUUUGUAUGUAACGCAAAUUAGCGAACAGAUCAAUGAUUUGACUGGUCCACAGGAGGCAGCAGACUCAGCAGAAAUAGAAGAGAAGUUGGCUGCUGGAUUUUCAAACCAUCUCUCUUCCUUGCCACUGCAACCAAGCUUUCCCAAGAUAAGCUUGGAUCGUCGUGAGAGUGACAUCGCAGCUGGCAGCAUGAGCUCCUCAGAAGGGGUGGUGAGGAAGCGAGAGUAUGACAAUCCAUACUUUGAACCACAGUAUGGUUUUCCUACAGAGGAUGAGGAUGAUGAGCAGGAAGAGAGCUACACCCCAAGAUUUAACCAGAAUCUCAAUGGAAGCAGGUCUCAGAAGUUACUUCGGCCAAACAGUUUAAAACUGGCCAGUGAUUCUGAUGCAGAUUCAGAUUCCAGGGCCAGCUCCCCAAACUCUACUGUCUCCAACAACAGCAGCGAAGGUUUUGGGGGCAUCAUGUCUUUUGCAAGCAGCCUGUACAGAAACCACAGCACAAGUUUCAGUCUGUCCAACUUAGCCCUACCUACCAAAGUUGGGAGAGAUAAGAAUACUCCCUUUCCCAGCUUGAAAGAUUACUUUAAUCUGGAAUUGGGAAGGGAUGUGGAUGAAGUAUUUGGGUUAAAUACUAUAAUGGAGAUUAUUACUGAAGCUGGCCCAGUAAGCAAUGAAGGAAACAGACGGGCCCUUGUUGAUCAGAAGUCUUCAGUCAUAAAGCACAGCCCAACAGUGAAAAGAGAAUCUCCAUCACCUCAGGGACGAUCUAGCAAUUCCAGUGAGAACCAGCAGUUCCUGAAGGAGGUGGUCCACAAUGUUCUUGAUGGGCAAGGCGUUGGCUGGCUGAACAUGAAGAGAGUCCGACGUCUGCUGGAGAGCGAGCAGCUCCGUGUCUUUGUGCUGAGCAAGCUGAAUCGCACGAUCCAGUCCGAGGAGGAUGCCCGACAGGAUGUCAUACAGGACGUGGAGAUCAGCCGCAAGGUUUAUAAGGGCAUGCUGGACCUGCUGAAGUGCACUGUGUUGAGUCUGGAGCAGUCAUAUGCAAAUGCUGGCCUGGGAGGCAUGGCCAGUGUUUUUGGCCUACUAGAGAUAGCACAUACUCACUACUAUAAUAAAGAACCAGAAAAGAGAAAACGAAGUCCUACGGAUGGAUCUGUCACUCCAGUUGGCAAGGAUCCUGCAUCAUCCCCAAGAGUGGAGCCAAAACCUGCGAUGCAGCUGCCGGUACCUCAGCUAAUGCCAAAGCCACCAAGCCCUGCAGGCAAAGGGCCAAGGGAGUUUGACACAAGAAGUCUAAAGGAAGAAAAUUUUAUUGCUUCCAUUGAAUUGUGGAACAAGCACCAGGAAGUGAAAAAGCAAAAAGCUUUGGAAAAAACGAGACCAGAAGGUGUGAAACAGUUUGAUUUGGGAGAAACAGAUGAGAAGAAAUCCCAAAUCAGUGCAGACAGUGGCCUCAGUUUGGCCUCAGGUUCUCAGAAGAGUGAUUUUGACUCUCUUCCCAGUGGAGGACCAACAGUUAUGGUCCGAAGUACAAGCCAGGAUUCUGAAGUCAGCACUGUGGUUAGUAACAGUUCUGGAGAGACAUUGGGAGCAGACAGUGACUUGAGUAGCAAUGCUGGUGAUGGCCCAAGUGUGGAAAAUGGUGGCAAUUUAGCAGGAUCCAGAGGCACUGUGUCAGACAGUGAAAUUGAGACAAACUCUGCUACUAGCUCUAUCUUUGCCAAGUCUCACAACCUAAAGCAGAGUGUGAAGGAUAGCAAAGGGAGUACUCCAGGGAGAGGUCCAGAGGAUGGGAACCAGCGUGUCUAUCUGUAUGAAGGACUUUUGGGUAGGGAUAAAGGAUCUGUCUGGGACCAGUUAGAGGAUGCUGCAAUGGAAACCUUCUCUCUGAGCAAAGAGCGUUCAACUUUGUGGGACCAGAUGCAAUUCUGGGAAGAUGCUUUCUUGGAUGCUGUGAUGUUAGAGAGAGAAGGCAUGGGGAUGGACCAGGGACCUCAGGAGAUGAUUGACAGGUAUCUUUCCCUGGGAGAACACGAUCGAAAACGUUUGGAGGAUGAUGAGGAUCGCUUGUUGGCUACACUGCUGCAUAAUAUGAUUGCUUAUAUGCUUAUGAUUAAGGUGAACAAGAAUGAUAUUAGGAAAAAGGUGCGUCGUCUAAUGGGAAAAUCACAUAUUGGAUUGGUGCACAGCCAACAAAUAAAUGAUAUUCUAGACAAACUUGCCAAUCUGAAUGGACGGGAGCUCCCUGUGAGACCCAGUGGCAGCCGCCACAUCAAGAAGCAGACUUUUGUAGUACAUGCUGGGACAGACACAACAGGAGACAUAUUUUUCAUGGAGGUAUGUGAUGAUUGUAUUGUGCUGAGAAGCAACAUUGGAACUGUGUAUGAACGUUGGUGGUAUGAGAAACUCAUCAACAUGACUUACUGUCCCAAAACAAAAGUGCUUUGCCUCUGGCGCAGGAAUGGUCAGGAGACACAACUGAACAAGUUCUACACAAAGAAGUGUCGGGAACUGUACUACUGUGUAAAAGACAGUAUGGAGCGAGCAGCAGCAAGGCAGCAAAGCAUUAAACCAGGCCCUGAGUUGGGUGGUGAGUUCCCUGUGCAGGAUAUGAAAACCGGUGAAGGAGGUCUUCUUCAGGUCACACUGGAAGGAAUUAACCUGAAAUUUAUGCACAGUCAGGAGCGGAAGGUUUUCAUAGAGCUGAAUCACAUUAAAAAGUGCAAUACUGUGCGAGGAGUCUUUGUCCUGGAGGAAUUUGUUCCUGAAACUAAAGAAGUGGUGAGCCACAAGUACAAGACGCCAAUGGCUCAUGAGAUCUGCUACUCCGUGCUGUGUCUCUUCUCUUAUGUGGCUGCAAUUCGUGGAAAAGAGGCAGAAAACAAAAGCAAACCACCUCGACCAGUUUCCAGUUGAUCAGGAUAUUUGGAAAUAUCUACCCUUUGGCACACUGAUAUGCAGUACUCCCAGUUUUACUGAAGUUACUGGAGCUCACUUUCUGUCUUUUCUGAGAACUUGAUUAUUUAUGUAUGACCCUGCAAGUCUUUCCCCAUAGUAAAACCUAAGCCUUCCCUGUUCAGUCUCCUUCUGAAUUCAUCCUUAAUGGAGUUUUUAAAUGAGCUUUUAAUCAGACAGUUUUGAGCAUCUGCAUCCAGCUGUGAGUGACUUACUCUGGACAUUCCUUUGAAAUUCCUUUUUUGUUAAGAUGACUAACAGCUUGAGUUUGGUUGUUUUUUGUUCUAGUGGUACUUGUUACGAUUUGAUCACUUUACAACUGCAGGCUUCUGCUUUCAGAUUCUCUGGUAUGUGCACAGUGGAAGCAGCCUGGUCCUGUAUGUUGUUUCAGUGUUGUGUUUUUGUUGUUUUCCUUCUGUGUUGUUCAUUUUAAAUUACCAACACGGCAUUCCUGUCACAUAGUUCUACGGUCCCUUUUGGUAGAGGUGAACAAUUUAGCUGUCAUAGUCUUAAAAUACCAUGUGACAGUUGAAGUUUGGUUAUUUAAUUGGUCCAUCUGCGGAGAUGACUCUUCUCAAAUGGAGAGAGAAACUUUGAAGGUAGUACAGUGUAAAAAACCUCAACACUUCAUGGGUUCUGUGGAUUUUCAAAUGGGAUUUUAGGUAACAUUUGUAGCUACCCUAGCAGUAGAGUUCACAAGAUGCAAAUAAGCACUCCCUAAAACAGUUAAUCACAGAGAUUAGAAAAUUAAUAAGGCAGUGUAAAACUUGGAAACAUUAUUGGCAGAAGCACAGUACAGAAAUCUGCAGAACAUGUUCAGAAGCCCAGAGGAUUUUACUGUCUCCAAAUUUUUUUAACUAUUGCUUUUUAUUUUGUUUUCAAUCUGUACCUGUAUAUGAAGGGAUCUUGAAAAUAUUGUGUUUAUGUAUAAUGAAACUCAUGUAGUUAAAACUAUCCAUCACAUUCCUUAUUUUAAAUAGGCUGGAUAUGAGUGUUGUUUUGCAUUCUGUUUUUGUUCUUGAAUUGUACUGCACUUGUCUGGAAAGCUCUUAGGAUGCUGGAAGGUGAGACUGUCUAGAAAAAAUGAUGUUACAUGUAAAAUACCAGGACAAAUUGCUCUGACACAAACUGAUGUAUUGUAUGUUUUGACAUAGAAUUCUGACUAAAUGCACCCAGAAAUAACCCUGUUUUGGCUUGGUCAGGGUAUCUAUCUACCAUUUAAAAUGGAAUAUACUAGUAUGGGUGAGGAUGAUGUAAAUAUUAUAGUAUCACAUCUAUUUAUAGAAACUGUACAGCUCUCUGAAUGUGAAAAUAAAAUGUCAUUCAACCAGCAA